AUGCUAAGCGACUAUUGGUUAGGUUCUCCGUCCGCGAACAGUAUCAACAGAUUUGCUCCAUUAUCCGAGGCGGAGGGAGAAAACCCUGAUGACCUAGAGUCGCAAAGAGAUCUCAGAACCCCCAAACCGCCACCUAUUCUCUCUGGAGGGGCAAACAUUCAGCCCCUAAGGCAGCUACUUUCAGAAAAAGCCGAAAAUGAAUACAUUUUCAAAAGUCUAGGCAGAGAUGGGGUCAAAAUACAGCCCACCUCAGACACAUCGUACUCAGCCAUUACAAAAGCGCAAAUAGAACGAAAAACUGAAUUUCACACAUAUAAAGUGAAGAGCGAACGUAACUUCAACGUUGUACUAAAAGGACUGCACUAUUCUAGACCUGUAGAAGACAUUACGAAGGAAAUUUAACGACAGGAUCACCAAGUAAUCAACGUUUCCAACAUUAAGCAGCGCUCAACUAAAAAACGCCUAUCUAUGUUCUAGGUAAACCUCAAACCGGACAGCAACAACAAGGACGUGUACAAUAUUACCAUUUUGCUCCAUACAAAAGUUGCUUUUGAACCGCCGAAAAAAGCGAGAAAUACCGCAAUGCACCCGAGGUCAAAGAUACGGUCACACCAUUAAUUUUUGCAAUCAUACACCACGCUGUGUCAAGUGUGCCCUAAACCACAAGACAUCUGAGUGUACCAGAAAGACUAUGUCAGAUGCCGUGAAAUGCGUUCUAUGUGGAGCAAACCACCGGCAAACUAUGAGGGCUGUAAGAUUUACAAAGAGUUACAGCAGAAAAAGUACCCACAGCUUAGAGAAAAGAGGACUUACGCCCUAAAAGCAGCACCCCAGAAAGUCAGCUCAGCUGCGGCUCAGCCUACAUUAACAUUUGCGGAAGCUGUACGAGGCAACAAUAGUGACGUACCAAUUGCGGGUCAACAACCUAAGACCUUUGUUCCAAAUUUAGAUAAUAGCGGCGGAGACAUGUACGAACUCAAAAGCAUGCUCAAACAAUUAAUGGAGCAAAUGGGAACUAUUCUCAACCUCCUUACUGCAGUCCUUGCAACGAAACAAUGAUGAGCCCUCUACGGAUAGUAAUUUGGAACGCAAAUGGACUUUGUCAGCAUACCCACGAAGUCCAGGUAUUUCAAAAUGAGCAUGACAUUGACGUGAUGUUAGUCUCAGAGACACACUUUACACAAAAAAGUUACGUCAAAUUGAAAAAUUAUGACAUUUACACCUCAAACCACCCCUCGGGGGCGGCCAGAGGAGGGACUGCAGUAGUUGUAAAACAAAAUAUUCGACAUGAACAGCAUUCAUGCUUUGC